CUUAUUGCAUAGGCUAUUUGAAUUUCUGAGUAGCUUUGUAUUAGUAUGGUCACAUAGACAUCCAUAACUGCCUAUUCAGGCUGAAUAGAUUUCUGCUAAGGUAUGUGUUCUGGCUGUAUAGAUGUGUGUAGAGUUGUAUGUCAAUUUGAAUAAUUGUAGACAACCAUUCAGCUGCUUAUUAUUAUGAAUAUUUUACUGUGUAUUAAUUUGGCUAUUCAAUACCUUUCUGAAUUCUCAUUGAUCUUCCUGUUUGCAUGCAUAUUAUUCUGUACAUGCAGAUACCUUUUGAGUUAUCACUGUGACUGUAGAUACAGUUAUCCUGACUACAUAGAUGUUUAACCAGCUAAAGAGAUCCCGUUUAGCUCCCUUUUUAUUUUUCUGGGCGUUUGAAAUCUUGUCAAGGUGAUGAUUCUGACUGUUUACACAUACACCCAACCACCCAUUAGGUAUGAAUCUUGCCCAUUCCUUUGAACCCGGGACUGUGUGCCAAACUACUUUGAUACUUUUAAUUUUAGAAUUGCUUGCCUCCUAAACAUUGGCAAGGAUAUAUUAAAUGGGGAUAGAAUUAAUGUAGGCUGCAGCAUGGCGCCACUACUCAGAAAAGCAAAAUUAAUAUAAGAAGAACUAUAAGGGACGUAUCCUCUCAUUUGAAUCGCGUUUUAAUAAUAAUUGGGAUAUCGUUACAAUUAUAACUGUUGAAUAUGGAUAAUACAUCAACAAUGCACAUGGGGCAAAGUCUGCUUUAAGACAUUCAUUUAUAACCUAAAAGUUUCAGGUUGCUUGAAUCCCGAGCUGUUAAGACAGAACCGGAACUGCUCGAACUAUCCAAGACGCGCACCAUUGGUCGUGACGUCACUGCGCUCGAACUUUUCGAGUAGUUUUCCCAUGCAUAGCAUUUAUCUAUGAGCUAAUGUGUGCAAUAACGUGUAAUCGAACUGGUAAGGUUGAAAUUGUUUGUGGCUGUUAAAUUAAGCUGGAGGUAGAAUUCGUUAAAGAAAUUUGUUGUGUGAUAAGUUCAGUUUACAACUACAAUACCUUUUCUAUAUGUCGAGCAAGGAAAGUCAGAGAGACGAAAUAUGCGCUCUAGAAAGUAUUUAUAAUGAGGAAGAAAUACAAACUCAUGAAGAAAAUGGCCUUCUUGGAGGUCAGUUUUAUGCCUACAUUGAGCUUCCGGCUGGAUUCAGAGUUGUCUUCAGGGAUUUACGGAAGGAAGAUUCUAGUUUUGAAGAACUGCCAUUGAAAUGUCUUCCGCCCAUAAGUCUGCACUUCAGCCUUCCAAGUGAUUAUCCAUUUCAUUCACCACCGGUAUAUAGGCUGUCUUGCCAGUGGUUAAAGAAAAAUAAGGUAAUGUUGUUGUGCAAGAAGCUGAAUGCAAUCUGGAAGGAAAAUGAAGGCAUGGAGGUGUUAUUUUUGUGGACACAGUUUCUUAAGGAGGAUGCUCUUAAAUUUCUUAAGAUUGCGGACGUUCUUGAUGUGAGUCCUCGUGAAACAGCCUUUAUAAAACAUGAAGAAUUUAGACGAGCCACGAGGGCACUUCAUUUGGAGGAAGAACAGAAAAGGAAGAAUGAGAAAUCUGAAAAAAGAAAUGUAAAUGCACCUUCCAAGCAGUCGGACUACGCGCCGGCCGCUUGUGACGAUGCCGUUGAGUACCCAAGGAGCAAACAAAGAGGCAGACCGAGAUGGGGUAGAAGUGACAGAGGCAGAAAUCAACGGAAACAGAAAUGUAAUGAAGUCUCUGAAUUUAAAACUGAAAAUUGUGUUCCUCAGAAGACUGAAGCCAUGACAACCAGUAUUCAAAGUACAGGGACUGUUCAGGGUAACUGCAGUAACUCAGGAGUGUCUGUUUACGGCAGUAAUAAAAGAAGUGGAAACUGGGCACAGAGACGCUAUCAUAGAGGAACUGCUGGUAGGGUACACAAUUCUUAUUAUAACAGGUCUGUGAGAAGAGGGAACAACCAUUGGGUCUCGGUAACCGGUUCUAAUAGUGGUCAGGUGGUCAGUGAGGAUCUAGCUAAAGACAGUCAAUGUCACAAAAGUUCCUCAGAACCUGGUGGUGUAUUAGAUCGGCGGUGUAGCGACGGCAGUAAGGCGGCAAAUGUGGGGAAUGCCUCUCAGAAUUGUACUGUUGAUAAUCAGGAGGAAGAGGCUGUGGUUACUUCGGACGGUGUAGAAAGAGCGAAAGCUUCUGAAUCCUUAGAUGUUGCGAGAAAACAACGUUCAAAGUCAGUUCAGUCAAAUGCGAUGCGUGACAGUGCUCUGGCCAGACCAAAGACGUCAAUCGUUCAGUUGCUCAGGGACUACGACGAGGCAAGACAGCGGGUGGAAUUCAGCCGUAGCAUCCACACUUGCAAGAUUUGCUUUCAGGAUAAGCAGGGUUCUCAGUGCACUCGUUUUGAUGGCUGUGGGCAUGUCUUCUGUAAGAGCUGCGUGGCAGAAUAUUUUGAAGUGCGGAUAAAGGAUGGCAACGUGAAGAGCAUUUGCUGUCCGGAAGGGAAUUGUACCUCUGAAGCAGUGCCUGGUCAGGUGCGAGAGCUGGUGAGCGCAGAAUUGUUUUCACACUAUGAUGCAGUACUUCUGUCAUCCUUGUUGGAUACAAUGGAGAAUAUAUUAUAUUGUCCAAGGCCUGCUUGUCAGUACCCAGUCAUCUUGGAACCUGGGGAAAACAUGGCAACAUGUCCGUCAUGUGCGUAUGCGUUCUGUAUCCACUGCAAAAUGGUGUAUCAUGGCAUCGAACCCUGCAGGUUAAGGUCUUAUGAGCGCCGUCGCCUGGUGGAGGAAUACUGCAAUGCAAGUGACGAAAGGAGAGUGCAAAUGGAGCAGCGUUAUGGCAGAAAACAGUUGCAGACGUUGGUGGACACGUCACUUUCUGAGAACUGGCUAGCCAGCAACAGCAAGAAGUGCCCCAGCUGUGGUGCUGCUAUAGAGAAGUCGGACGGAUGCAACAAAAUGGUUUGCUGGAAGUGCAACACAUUCUUCUGCUGGCUGUGUGAGGAACGCCUCGAUCCUGAAAGUCCGUACCUGCAUUUCAGUGAUCGUUCUUCAAAGUGUUACAGACUACUCUUUUAUGGAGUGCCGUUUCCAGAUGACGAGGAUGAUUGGUGGGUGGCGCCUGGUAUAUUUCUUGAAAAUAAUGAUGAUGAUGAUGAAGAUGAUUACUGAAUCAAAAAUUCUUUCAGGCAUAGGUAAAGAAAAGGUGUAUAAAUUGUUGGAUUCUUAUGGUAAUCUUAAGGGGUUCAUCGGUAAUGGUUCACUUGUCUCAGAUUGUCCAUGUUACUAUUUUAAUGGAAGGUAAAAUUUUGGGAGAGAGAUGAGAGUUAAUGAGCAUAAAUGCUGUGUUGCUUUGAUUAAAAUGUUAUGUUUCACUUGUUGUUUGUUAAAAAUUUAUGAAACAUUGUAGAUGAGAAACUGUUACACUU